GCGAUAAGACUCGUGUGUUUCCAUCCAUUAUCGGUAUUGAUCUUGGGAUCCAUCAACUCAGUAUCCAGCAGAUGAGGAUGACGCAACGCAUCCCUCUUACUUCCUUCCGGACACUUAACAACAAGAGUUUCACGAAUUUUCUAUCACUAAAACACCAAUUUAGAGUCUAGUUAAUGCUGCAUAAGAUCACAGCGAAGACUUUAAAAUGAUAAUAUUUGGGCGAAGGCAUCGUUCCUUAAUUAGUUUGAUCGCGGUGCUAUUUAUUGGCUGCUGCUAUCUGUACUAUUAUCAUCAUAAGACAAGUUACGGAUUAGUUGAAAAGAAUGCUGAUGUUUUCGUGGACCAUAUACCCGUAAUAAACAUUAACGCAAGUGCACUUCGAAAUAAGGAGUUUAUUUCAUGUCGGGAAAGAAAGCAAAAAUUAGUGAAAUCAGUCUAUAGUUUUAGUAAUGAUAAGUGGGUUAAGAACGCUGACGUGUGUGCUGCUUGCUUUAAUUUUCCAAGAGCCUCCCUGAAAACAGACUUUGGUGUCACACCAAUCUUUGUGUAUGAAAGAUCUAAAGACAUAUGGGUAUCCUCGUCCUUGCAAGACAGGGGUUCAUUCGAAUCGGAGAAAUCUCAGAUUAUCUUUAAGAUGAUGAAAGAGGACCAUUCCUUGCAACUUAUUGAUAUUGGCGCAAACAUUGGUGUGUACACAUUGAGUGCAGCUAAAGCCGGGAGACGGGUGUUAGCCGUUGAGGCUCUGGAUCGUAAUCUCCAACAUAUCUGUGCAUCAAUAAUGGAGGGAAGUCUGCAAAACAAUGUGCAUUUAGUUCAUAACGCUAUUACAAAUGGACAUACUACAGUUAACCUAGGUGUUGAUGAAAACAACAUGGGUGGAACAUUUGUUGAUGUAGAAGCAAGUCAUAUAAAAAAACUUAAGUUAGGUCGAGCAAAAGGUACAUAUGGAAAGGUGAAUACAAUUACAAUGGAUGAUUUAUUAGACCUACCAGUGAUUCGACAUUUUCAGAAAGUAUUUUUGAAAAUGGAUAUAGAAGGAUUUGAGGCUAGAGCCCUUCAAAAUUCAUCCAAGUUUUUCGAUAAAGUAAAUGUCUCUGCAUUUAUUAUGGAAUGGGAAUUUCAUAGUGGACAGAAAACAGCAAACGAAAUAAUUGAAUUCAUGACGAAAAGAAAAUUUAAGCCAUUUUCUGUCAGUAUCAAUAUGACCCCACUGGAUCUUGCAAAAAAUACAAGUUGGGGAUAUGAUGUUCUUUGGUUACCAAAUUGAUGUUCAUUUUGGAAAUAAAUGACAGUUCAUUUUUGUGUAUUUAAAACGGAAGAUGAUCGGAAAAAGUGAAACAAGGGUAAAUAAGUAGUUGGAGGGAGAAUGAGAUAUGCUCCUUGUGUCUUGAUCAUAAAGCUAUCGUUCGGAGUUUCUUCUUUCCGCCUUUAGAUAACCAGCUAAUUAGUGUAUUUUGAAUGCUACACGAACUUGAAAAAAAUCUUCCAAUCUCACGAGGCAAAUCGACGCUCAGUCAUCCAGAAUUCCUUCCUUCUCAGGAAAACUAAAGAUGUCAACUUCAUGAAUCAUCUACAUACUUCAAAACAAAUUGUAUCACUACAUGGAAACUGCCACGUAUUUUAGGGGAAACAUUUAACUAAUGCAAAUAGAAUUUCAUGUACAAAACUCACUCGAUUUCCAAUCUAUUUACAGCUUCUGAUCCAACGACAUUUUACUAAAGCAAACAAAUUGCAUCGUUAAUUAUAGGGAACCAGUUACGGUUACUUUUUGGGACUACUCGUAGUUCAUUUGCUUGUACUAUGUGCUGAUUAUGGUAACAUACAUGAUUUUAUUGUAUUCUUUUUAUCAAAUUUGUGAUGAACUUUGCAUAUUUAACUGCUAGUAAAAUAUUUUAAGAAUA